AUGCCUCAACACACUGACCAGUCCAUUGACCUCACGCCGCAGCAGAAGGCGUGGACAACUGCCAAUCCCAAGAUCACAGGCCGUUCGAAUAGUCCUCAGCUGAAUAACAACAUUGAUUCGGUCGCCAACAAGCCAGCGUUGGCCAACUUCUUCAAUCGCGUGAGAGAGGGCAAUCGAGUCCAGAUCACCCUCGACAGCGGCGCCGAGUUCGAGGGCAUAUAUGCCAACAACCCAUCGAACCCAUCCAGCUGCCAUUUGAAGAUGGUUCAGCAGAAGAAGGCCGGUUCUGCUGACGCGAUGAACGGUUCGACUAAGAGACAGCAAAACAACAUGUCCUUUGCGCGAGGCAACAUCGCGGACGCUCGUGUUCUAGGUGGAAACCAGAACAAUCGCAAUGGCAACAGGGCAGGCUUCCAAACAGACAGCAACAUCUCUGGCGAGCGCUUUGGCGGGCAGCGCGAGCUCAAAAGGUGGGUCGCCGAUGGCCCUGGCGACGUAGAUGGCAGUUUGGAGAAGGCUACAGACAACAAGCCUUGGGACCAAUUCGCGGCCAACGAGGAGAAGUUUGGUCUCAAGACAGACUACGACGAGAACAUCUACACAACAACGAUUGAUCGAAGCCACCCGAGCUACAAGACAAGGAUGGCCAAGGCCGAUCAGAUGGCUCGAGAGAUCGAGCGCAGCAACCCAGUCUCGUCACACGUGGCCGAGGAGCGUGUCAUGGACUAUUCCGGACCGGCCGACGGUGGCUUAGACGAAGAGGAGAAGUACAGCGGUGUCAAGCGACCGGACUACCCCCCUCUCGGCAGCCAGAACCCGAACAAGUACACCCCCCCAGCGCGUCGCGCCCCGGCUGCUCAGUCAAACGUGAAGGGAGCACCGGUCGACCCUGCAAUCAUCUCGUCCCAACUGAGAAGUGGUCCGAGCAAGCAGCCUACGCCCAAGCCCGAUGAAUCGAAGGUUGCCCUCCCAAGCUCAUCCAAGACCCCUACUGCCCAAAACAGCGAGCCCAAGGCUACCGAAGGGAAGACUGAGGGAAAAACUGAGGCGAGCAAGGAUGAAAUCAAGCCAAACGACACGGAGAAGGGGCAGUCUGACACAAAGCCCGCUGAUAAGCCUGCUUCGACCCUGCGACCUGCCGGCGCUGCCGGACGUACAACCUCACCCGCUGACAAGGAGAACGCCAAGCCAACGUCCACGACGAUAGAGCAGACCGUCCUGACCUCCUUCAAGAACUUCGCAAGCAAAGAGCGACAGGUCGCAGAGAAGGCUCGCAGCACCAAGGCCAAGGCAGACAAGGAGGUCAAGCUGAUCGAGCUCAAGAAGUUCGCCGACAGUUUCAAGCUGGGCACACCGGUGCCCAACGACUUGAUCGGCAUCAUUGCCAAGGAUCCAAAGAAGCAACAAGAGAUUCAGGCCAAGGCCCUCAAGAAUGCCGAGGAAUCGCGCAAGGCCAAGGAGGAUGCGAAGAAGGACCCCGUUGUUACGAAAGAGAAGGAGGUGACUGCCGCCAAACCGGGUCAAUCGAAGCCAGCCACGGAGCAAGCUGCCUCAUCUACGGCUGGUACGCCCGCUGCUGCUGCGGCCGGCGCCGCAAGUGGUGGUACUUCCCGCCCCGGUGUUGCACCGCAACACGCGAACUCUACCGCGGGGGCCCCGAACCGCCACCCUGGCAACCGCCAAUCCUAUGCCCCAGGAUCGUACCCACAGCAGUUCCGCGGCGAUCGCUCUUCUGGCCAGAAUGUGCCUCGUCAACAUCAGCAGCCUGGCCACUUAUCCCAGCGUCUUCGCAGCGCGGAGCAGCAGAGGAUGUCACAGCCGCCUCCCCACAUGCAGCCAGACAUGCGCAUGCCUCCGACUGGCCCAGCGAACAGCAUGAAUCCCUCGUUCCCUCCCCGUCAUACCGGCCUCCCACCGAAUCACAUGGGUCCUGGUCCAAGGCUGAACCCCAACACCCAGGAGUUCAGGCCGAACGCGCAGCCUUUCUAUCCCACAGGCCCUAGUGCGGCCUCUAGUCCGCGCUCAGCCAUGAACAACGUCGAGGGGCAGGGAAGCUCUACGCCAGUUACUGGCCCAGUGAUCAAGCGCAAGAUCAAGUCAAUCGACUUCAAGAAAUGCUUUGCCCUCAGCCACGUGAUGUCUAUCAAGCAGCCUCAGACAGGCAACCGCGCAUGGGAGGAGAAUGGAGGUUUGCGGCCUCCGUUCGACACUAUGCCCACAUGGAACAAUCUGUCAGAGGGAGACGACAAGCAGGAAAAGAUCAGCUAUAAGCAGCUGUUCGAGCGCCCGCCCCCGUACGCCGGUGCCAUGCCCACACCAAACCCUGCUCCAGUGGCCCCUCAGAUGCCACACCAGCAUCAGCUCCCAUUCCACCUACAGCAGGGAGCUCACGCCGUCGGGCCUCGUCAGUCACCGCACAUGCCACCACUGCAAAUGCACGCCGGUCAGCCGGGGCAUGCGCCUCACAUGCCGUUCAACAAUGGAGAGGACGCCACUAGGAUGAUGCCCUCGAGCUCGGCACAGUCAUAUGCGUCACCUCGGCCAGGCCAAGUCCCGAUGGCCUACCCUAACACCAUGAACUCUCCAGCUCACAUGCCUUACUCCCAGCCUGUCAUGCCCGGAUUCAUGGGCCCUGGUGCGCCGCAGAUGACGCCGCAGAUGCGGAGCUUUGCGCAGAACCCACAGUAUAUGCCACAGCAACACGCCCAGAUGGGAGGCCCAAUGAUGAUGGGGCCUCAGUACAUGACUGCGCCUUCUCCCCUCAUGCAAGGCGGUCCUCAGAUGCCGAUGUAUGCGCCCGGUGCUCACCCGCAGUUCAUGCCCCCUGGACCGGUGCCUCCUCCGGCAAUGCCCGGCUCUAAUGGAUACCCAAGCCCUGGACGACCAGCUGCGCCGAUGAUGGCUCCCCAGGGAUCUCAGCAAGGCCAACACAUGUACGGCAUGAGCCCCGGCACGAUGCCCCAAUACCAGCAGCCCGUCUUCGCCCCGCAGCAGCCUGGCCAAAGUAAGUUCAACAACAACAACAACAAUAGCAACAGGCGAUACAGCUCAUCGGGCCGUCAAUACUAA